CUAUAUUGAUUAUACGAUAGAAAGGAUGUUUUAUGAAAGUACAAAACGACCACGUCAUCGUCAAAUGUCAAUGGAUUUAUCAUCACCUACUUCAGAUAUUGGAUCUACUUCAACAUCAUCAUCAUCACAAAGUCUUUCUUAUUACAUGGAUCAACAUGAUAAUAGAUAUCAUCAAUUAAUGGAUGAUCUUUCAAUUAUUGAUGAUAUAUAUAAUACUUAUGAUCAUGAUCAAUUGACUUUAACUAUUGAUAAUCAAGUAGCUUAUUCUACAAAGAAUGGUGUAUUAAAACAACAAUUAGUACAACAUUUGAUACAAACAGAAACACAAUUUUUGGAUGAUCUAGAUAUAUUUCAAAAAUAUUUUGUCUCAAAAUUACCUUAUUUUAUGUAUCCUAAAAACAAAUUGGCCUUUCAACAAGAAGAUUGCGACAUCCUAUUUAAGCCCGCCACAAGUCUCAUUUCGGUUCAUCAAACUUUGUUGGAAGAAUUGCGUCAAAGACUUUCAAUUUGGGGUCCUACUCAACUAUUAUCUGAUCUCUUUUAUCGAUUUUAUGAUCACAUGGAUACCAUUUAUACUAAUUAUAUGACUAGUUUUUCUUCUACUUUGAUGACUUUGGAUCGAUUACAUAAAACUCCUGCCUUUUUAAAAUUUUUGGAGUCAUGUCCAUUGGAACAACUUCAAGACUUUGGUUAUUAUAUUCGACUUCCUCUUACCCGUUUAUCUUUAUAUACACAAACUAUUUGUCAAUUUACACAACUGAGUGAACCAACUCAUCCUGAUUAUAAUCCUUUAGUUCAUAUUUGUCACAAGUUUAAAACAAGACAACAUCAAUGGCAAAACAUGAUAGACAAUUGCUUAUCUCAUUAUAGAGUAUAUGAAUGUUUUCGUCUGGUACAAAACUCACCUGCUCUUGUGACACCUACACGUCGUUUACUCUUACACAGCGAACUGAUUCAUGUAGAUCCCAACUCACCUACCGAUACUUCUGAUAAACGCAUCUAUAUUCUUUACAAUGAUCUCUUUAUCUUUUGUAAACGACAAAAAGACGGAAAACUUCACUACAAAGGUAUUGUGAUUCUUGACAAGACAGUACUCAAACCCAUGGAUCCCAAGAUUGUCAACAAGAUCUAUGAGAAACAUCAAAAGUCAGUUCAAGGUAAUGGAGGAAGAAAACUCUCUAUUUUUGGAUCAAGGCGGCAAAAUCAAGCCACUCUUACUACUACUAGUAGUAGUAGUAAUAGUAGUAGUAGUAGUGGGUCUUCAACAACAUCAUCAACCACAGAAGAAUUUGGUGUGUAUGGACUUGAACUUUUUUUCCAAUUCAUUAUGGACAACAAUGUGAUCAGUUAUUCCAAUCCUAUCGGUGGUUAUGGAGGUGCUUCUGUCAGUAGUACCACUUGCUCAGAUUCUAUUCGUCGACAUAUUUUACGCACAAGUUCCUUGGAAGAACAAAAUUUAUGGAUGGAUCACUUACGACGUGUUAUACAAUCUGUUACUGCCGCAGGUCGAUGAUCUUGUUUGUAAUUCUCUUUUAUUUUUAGUUAUUUAUAUGUAGUCUAUGUAUCUGUUAUUCAUUCUUUUAUUCUUUACUCUGUAUAUUAUUUUAUUUCUCACAUACUAUUUUUUAUUCCUUUCCUUUAUCAUGUUAUCCCCCCAGCUUAGGAAAAAAAAAGUUGUAUUAUAUAAAUUUGAUCUUUUUUUUUUUGACAU